UGAACCGGUCCAAACAGCAGCUUUCUCCACGGGCACCCCCUUUCUCACGCUGGCGACCGCUCGAGAGCUUUGACCUGCUAGAACGGCCAGCCAAGGCAGCGAAUGCGUACAAAUACAUGGGCUGGUAGGAGGCGGCCGUGGUAUCUUGCCGCCAGACGUCAACUAAUAACCAGAGCAAGAUAGACCCGGAGGAAACAAGGUGAGGGCAGAGCAGCCUGCGAGAAGGCGAAGGACAGAGGAGGUGCUUGUUCCUGUUAGAUCCGGAGGCGAUGGGCAGGGGUGUUCUGGAGUUGCAUCUCGUCGACGCCAAGGGCCUCUUCGGCAGCGAUUUCCUAGGGAAGAUAGACCCGUACGUGAUCGUGCAGUACCGGAGCCAGGAGCGCAAGAGCAGCACCGCCCGAGAUGACGGGAGGAACCCGAGCUGGAACGAGGUGUUCCGGUUCCAGAUCAACUCCUCGGCGGCCAACGGGCAGCACAAGCUCUUCCUCCGGAUCAUGGACCACGACAACUUCUCCAGCGACGACUUCCUCGGCCAAGCAACGAUCAAUGUGACUGACCUGAUCAGCGUUGGCAUGGAGAGCGGCUCGUCGCAGCAGAACCCGGCCAAGUACAGUGUCGUCGCCGCGGACAACUCGUACCACGGCGAGAUCAGAGUGGGCCUCUCGUUCACGGCCGCCAAGGUCGAAGAAGACGGCGCACAGGUCGGAGGCUGGACGCACAGCUCCCGUGAGUAGAGCAUGUGGUGUUUGCCAAGGACGUUACUCUCCGUCGCGUUAGCCUUAGCGUUAGCGUUAGAUGUUAUGCCUGUGAUUGAAUGAUGUGAUUCAAACUGUAUGUACGUUGCACCUGCAGCUUUGUAGAAGAUGUAUAGUAGCCAGAAGUCAGAACAGGUUAGAGGCGUCAAGUCCGUUAAUUAAUUGUCGAUUUGUGGUUCUUAUUCUAGGGGAAACUGUGAUUUGAAUUUCUGAAAACUUGUCCGUCGCUGAA